CAGAUUUAUAUUCCGCGCCAGAGCCGGCCGCUUUCAUUUACUCAACCCAGUCACACAAGCGCGCAUCUCCAGGACACUAGAAGCUCUGGAAAAGGAGUUUUACCUACUUACGGGAGUUUGACUUGAUUUGUAGGAGCGGUUUUAAAGCGGACAAUGAAGAGCCCUCGAUCGGAGAAACCCCGAAGCUUUAUGAGUGUGUGGCUGCUGUUAGUCCUGAGCGCUGUAGCUUCAGGCUCUUUCCCCACGGCUCAGAACGUCACUUGGGUUUCUGUCAAUUUCAAGACAUUAUUAACGUGGGACCCUAAACCAACUAAUUAUUCAUAUACUGUGGAAUUCUCAAAAUUUGGUGAGAACAAUCAGAGGAUCCCCCACUGCAUUCGGAUGAGUCAAACUGAAUGUGAUCUCACAGCUGGACUCACAGAUCUGAAAAGCAAAUACGAAGCAGAUGUUGUGUCAGAACCUUUACGCGACAUGUCCUCUGAUCUCAUUGAAUUCCCCCGCACGGCAUCUGAACAGUUCUGCCCCUAUCAAGACACCAUCAUCGGCAGUCCUCAGUUUACGAUUGAUGUAAGCAAGGACAAACAGAAAAUAACCAUCAUCAUAGAAGAUAUCCCGACAGCAGUCCUUAAUGCACAGAAUCAGAUGAGAACGAUUCAGGAUAUCUUUAAAAAUGAUCUACAAUACAAGGUCACUUACAAUAAAGCCCAGAGCACUGGGAAGAAAGAGAAGACACGUGCAAGCAAUCAAAUAGAGCUGACAGAUCUGGACAAAGGAGAGAGUUACUGCUUUACUGUGCAAGUUCUGAUUCCAUCUCGGAACAUUAACAAACAGCUUGGAGAGAGAAGUCAGGUUAAAUGCUCUCCAGGAGAUGACAUAAAUGGAGUGUUUAGCCCUGCAGUGAUUGCUGGAGGUACCCUGGCCAUCUUGGUCAUAAUAGCAGUGGUGAUUGCUGUCAUAAUUAUUUGUUGCAAACAAAAAGAAGAAAAGAAUAGAGGAAAAGAGAGAGUACCUUUAAAGGGCGUUUGAGAACUUCUCUGAACACAGACACUAAAAACUCAUGGGAACACUAAAAUGGUACUAAAAUGGACUUUUCAAGUAUCCUUGUUGCAACAUUACAGUGUAAAACACUGUAAUUCAUAUUGUUUCUGUGAAACUAAAUGGGAUAUAGACAUAACACCUAGGAUUUACAAGCUAACAGAUGUUUGAAAAUGUUCUUGCUCAUUUUUGACAAUGGUACAUUUGAUCACUGGGGUUAUCUGCUGGUUUUUUUACAUUUUAUAAGCACUACCUUUCUGUAAUGUCAGUACUACUUUUAUAAUAGAUUUUUUAUUUUUGUAGCUUUAAAAGGUGAUAUAUGUAUAUUAGUUAAUAGUAAUUAACAUAUUUAUUGUUUAGUGUUUUGCUGAUUUGAUGGGUGUAAAACUUAACAUGCAAUAUUAAAAUGGAGAGAUUUUUAUUACAUUACAUACAUACAUACAUACAUACAUACAUAUUUAUUUAAUGAACUGGAGAACAUCAUAGACACAAAACACCCAUGUGUUUGUAGAAAUGUGAAAUCUAUGGAAAAAAGUAAAAAAUUUGCUUUUUCAUUACAUUUUGAAUGUCAAAUAAAUCUUAUACGUUAAUGUA